CAGAGAAAAAUGUAACAAAGUGAAUCCAGCUUUUUAAAGUCCCAUACCGUGACUCAGUAUCCUUCAUUCAAAAAAGUGAAAAAGGAAAAAAGAAUUGUGAGUCAAAUCAGACCAUUCACAUCAAUUCAAUGUAUAUAUUGCAGCAGAGUGUAGUAAAGCAAUGCAAUCUAGCUGUGGUUGAGAGUUGCUUCCAUCCAGUUGCAGGGUCUGGUUUUCUGCUACAAACCAUAGUCUUUACAAUUUAAAGGCAAGUGAACCUCUAGCUGUUUUGAAGCAUAGUCUCACAGCAUUUCCCACUUUGGUAAUUCAACCAAAAGGCUUUCCUUUGAACCCUCUUUGAGAGCUUGCACAAAUCUCAGAAAGAUUUUAAGCAAAUACAUUGAAGGUUCUUGGUGGUGUUCUUUUGAAUUAUGAAGAGGUUCAGCAGCAGCUCAGAUUCAUUGGGUGUGUUGGUGUCCAAUUUCCCACCAAAAGAGGAGGAGAAGCAUGGAAAGGACAACUAUGGUUAUAGCAAGGAGUUUCAGGCAAUGUUAGAUUCUUUAGACCAAGAAGACUGUGGGGAAGAAAUGACAGGGAAGAAAAGGCGCUUAAGCUCAGAGCAGGUCAAGGCCUUGGAGAGAAACUUUGAGGUUGAGAACAAGUUAGAGCCAGAGAGGAAGGCCAAAUUAGCUGAGGAGUUAGGCCUGCAACCAAGACAAGUAGCUAUUUGGUUCCAAAACCGCCGCGCCCGGUGGAAGACUAAGCAAUUGGAGAGAGACUACGGCAUUCUCAAAGCUAAUUAUGAUGGCUUAAAGCUCAACUUUGAUAGUCUUGAGAGGCAGAAUAAAGCUCUGGCUGAAAAGCUAAGGCACUUAAAAGCAAAGCUGUGCAGAGAUACUGCAGAAAGCAAUGGUUCAGCUAAAGAAGAAUCACCAAUUUCAAUGUGCAAGAGCAGUAUCAUGGAGCAAAGCAGACACCAAGAUUUCAGUGACAAUGGAGACAAUGCAGAGGUGAAUUUGUUUAAGAACUUGAAAUCCAAAGAUGGAUCAUCAGAUAGUGACUCAAAUGGAGUUAUGAAGGAAGAAAGCAAUGGAAAUUCUUCUCUUGGCUAUAACAAUGGCCAUUCAUCAUUGUCUUCAAAUUCAAUGGUAAACUGGUUUCAAUUAUCAGACUCUAGAUCAGUAGCUGGUAAAGGGUUCCAGACUCAGCUUGUGAGGAUGGAAGAGCAAAGUUUGUUUAGCACAGAAGAAUCCUGUAAUUUCUUCUCAGUUGAUCAAGCUCCCACUCUCCAUUGGUACUCUGCUGAGCAGUAAAAAACUAGUUGGACUUUUCUAAGUUUUUUGAACGAUCUAAUAAAAAUGGAUCUUAUUGAAUUUUGUAAUCUAGAAGCAAGAAUGUCAAAAAUUUAAGCUUUAUUGGCCACAUCAUAAAUAUCAUGGUAUUUUCUGGUUUA